AAGCGGGCCGGCCCCCGGAAGCGCCGCCGGGACCCCUCCGCAGCUAUGUAGGACCCGCCGCCAGGACGGGACGCGACGUGCGGCCGCCGCCAUGGACGGCAGCGGCGCCGCGGCUCCGGCGGGGCCCAACCUACCCAAUCUCACCCCGCGGCACCGGCAGCUCAUCCCCACGCCCUGCGGCCCCAUAAAACCAUGUUCAGAGCUCUCAUUCCCUGUGAAGAUCUACUUCUGUGUCACUAUUUUGUCCCUACUGAGUGUCAUAGGGCUGACCAUAGAGACACUGGUGCGCCAGACUGAGGAGGAUUUCACCAUUUCCUUUAUUCAGUUGGUUGGAGUUGUGUUCUGUGUGUAUUAUGUGAGCAGGGGCAUCCUGCAGGAGAACCGCCAGGAGCUCGUUGUGUUUGUGCUCUCCAUCCUGCUUGUGAUGCUCCGCUCCAUCAUCAACUUCACUGUGCUCCCUGCUGAGCAGAAGCCAAAACUCCUGGCCCGUUUUGUGCUGAUCCUGCUGGUGGGCUCCUUUGAUGUGAUCUGUGCCCUCAUCCUCAUCCAGAGCCAGUCCAUGAUGGCAUUCCGAGUAGGGGGUGCCCUGGAGAGCCUCCAGUCCCAGUACUUCAUGCUCAACCUCUGCUUUUCCAUGCUCACUUUUGAUCUGCAGGCACAGCUGUGCCUGUGCAUCCUCUUGAUCAGCCUGCAUGAGAUCACCCUGCUGCACAACAUCAUCUCAGCCACGGGCAUCGUCUGGGCCUGCCUGAAGGUCACCAUGGGCAUCAUUGCAAUUUUAAAAGAGCUGAAACCUUUGGUGUGGGUAUUUCUGAUUCAGAAUGUGCCUGAGGUGGUUAAUCUCAUCUACCUGCUCUACACGUGUUUUCUUCCUAUGGAAGGAUUGAGUCCUGAGCCCUCCCCAUGCUCCCCCUGCAGCUCUCAGAGUGAAGCCACCCUAGGAACUCCUGACCAAGGACCUGCAGCCAGGGUGGCAAUAAAGGAUCACUUUCCCAGAAUGGAGAAGGUUCAGGAAGAUGUCACACGUUCCUUGGAGCAGUGCAGGUGGUACAGAGCUUAGAAAGUAAAAUAUGCUGAUCUUGCUGACAGGACCAAGCAGCUUUCACUCCUUUUCCUGUUUUGCUGCUUUGUAAGCACAGGGGUUCACACCUGCACGAGUGGGAAAUGGUGCUCCUUUCAAUGCUUUUUGCCUGGAUAGACACAAACAUCAUGAAGGAAAUUUGCACACCCUUCCUCUGUACCCAAAUCUAUAAGGGGAUUGUGAUGCCAUCAGUUCCCAGCUUGGAUCUACUGCUGAGCAGGUCCAGCCCUAAUGGUUUGGUGACAGUGGUGUCCCCUGUUUAGGGCUCCUUUUCCUCCUCUGGCUUUAGAACAUUUCACUUUUGUUUGUUUUUUAACCCCAGCUACACAUAAAAACUACUCCCUGUAACCUCACCCCUCCCUCAGUGUAACCAAGGUGCCAUUUCAUACCAGGGGACUGUUCCAAUUAUGCCUUUAAUAUUGUAAUUUAAAAGUUUGGUAUUUUAUUGACUGAAACCUUUAACUGGCUAUUUUUUAAUAAAGUACAAGCACA